AUGUGUAACGAGCAUCGAUUCGGAAUUAGCGGACUCCACGAGUCGCGGAAGGAGAAUCUGUUGAAAAGGACUGCUCGCUCCCUUGCCACGAGUGCCAUUGUCUUUGCGACGUUGGCUCCGGCAACGGCCUCAGCCGGCAGCCGUCACGCUGCUGCCCUCACGGUGAUGAGUGCUUCUGUGUUGGCGCAAGCUGACGACCAGGAAUCGUCCGAUCCCAAGCAGGACGUCGCCGACCUACUCGACCAAGCUCGCGAGGCGAUGAAGGAAGGCCGCUACGAAACGGCCGACUCCUACAUCACCCGGGCCGAAGAACUCGACGUACGGUUCGGUCUGUUGCACUUUGGCGAUACGCCGAAGAAAGCUCGCCGCGAUCUGGCCGACGCGAUGAAGAAGGCUGACAAGCAGCCCAAGCGUCCCAGCGAACGAGUCUCGCCUCAGCAAGAGAUGCCCCAAACGCAGAUUCCCACCGCUCCGCAGCAGCCAUCGAUUUCGAUGGCAGAAGCGACGAAUCCUCUGUUCGAUGUGAAGUCCACCGCCGCCCGUCAUGUGGCCGAUGCCCGCAAGGCCCUGGCUCAAGGCAAUCGCGUUGCGGCCGAACAUUACUACCAUCAGGCCGUCGCUCAGAACGCUCAGUUCGGUCCGAAUGAAGAUUCGCCCGAGAAACUGGCCGCCGACAUUCGCAAGGCCGGCGGAAAGAUCGACAACGUGCCGAGCCAAUCGGCCGCUGCCGCUCAGUUCACCCAAACAAAUCCGCCCACCGAAGACCCCGGCCAUCCGCUGGGCAUCGGUGCCGAGCAACAAGGUCCUUCUGCCUUAGAUCUCGUCGCUGGAGAAGGCUCGCCUUUCGAAGAAGCUAACUCGCUGACACCUCCCACCGAUGAAGAAGUCACGCUGCGAAUGCCAGCAGCCGGUGGCGGUUCGCAACGAGGCACCCAAAUUCAGUCGGCCCGACAGGCUAGCGACAAGCUCUUGCUCGAAGCUCAUCGCUCGCUCUCGUUCGGCGAUGUCACGCGUGCCCGACAACUUGGCGAAAAGGCCGAAGCCCUCGGGGUCGCCUACGAAUUCCACGAAGAUCAACCGGCCAAGGUGCUCGAAGCAGUUCAGAAGUUCGAAAUCCUGAACGAUCAGCAAACCCGAGGGCUCGAUCCUCGCACGGCCAAGACGCAACAGGCUCAACUUCUCUUAGAGCAGGCUGAAUGGCUGUUGAAGUGGAACGACCUCGACACGGCCGAACGCGUGGCAAUGAACGUGGGUCGCAUGGGUGUGGACUUCAACACAUUCGGUGCCUCGCCUCAGAAACUGCUCCAACGUAUCAAGGCAGCCCGAAAUCAAGGCUCGAACCCCUCGGGCCUCCCCGCAACACAACCGCAACCCACCAGCAGUGGAUUGGUCAAUCCGUUGGCGGUCGACAAGCCGGCCCCCACAGCCGCCGACCCUGCUGCGAAGAAGAAGCAGGCCCUCGCCCUGGUUGCCCAAGCACGUGCCGCUCUGGCCCGGGGUGAAUUGCCCACUGCCAAGCAGCUCGCCGAACAGGCCAACGCCCUGGGAGUCCCCGACUCGCACUACGCAGCGGGCGAAGAUCGUCCGGCAUUGGUGCUUUUCGAAAUCCAGAAAGCCGCCGGACCUCAAAGCGGAGUUUCGCUGGCCGGUGGAACGGAGCCUAUCGCAGGGCCCAACGCCGCGGGUACCGACAUGCCGCAGCGAUUGCCCACCGAGCCGGCCAUGUACUCGCCGGCGGCCGACACCACACAGAACGUACCGGCCCAAGCCGAGAUGGAACUACGCCUGCCCGGUAGCGAUUCCCCAGGAACCGCAUCACAACUCGAUGCCACCGCUCCGGUCGAUACCGAAGCCAUGGUUGAAGAUGUGGUGGAAGAAGAAAUCCCCACGGGCGCUCAGGGUUCGCGAGACCCAGUGCAGAUGAUCGAAUGGGGUGAACAAGCGCUGGCCUCCGGCAACUUGGCUCUGGCCCGCACAUACUUUCAAGAAGCAAGCACCCUGCGUGAGCAGUUGGACGAAGCCACCAUCCAACGGCUGGAACAGAACCUCACUCGCGUGAGUGCUCCUCCGGGCGCCGCCACACCGGCCGUAAAGCCCGGCGACCUGUUGCCCGACGCUGCAGCACAGCAGAAGUUGAUCUACAACCAGACGAUCAUCGAACUCUCUCGCCGAACCAAUUCGGCCCAGGAGUUGUUCGAUACCGAUCCCGAUGCCGGCUUCGCCAUCCUCGAAGAAGCCCGGGUAAUGAUCGAAGCGGCCGCUCUCGAUAGCAACAUGAAAGAAGUGUUGCUGCGACGACUCGACAAGACGCUGGAAGAAGCCAAGCUGUACGUCGAACAACGUCAGCCGAUGAUCGACUUGAAGAAGCGAAAUCAGCGGAUCGAAGAACAGAUCGAACGCGAGAAGCUCGUCAAGCAAGAAACAAACCAGAAACUGGCCGACCUGAUCGACGAAUACAACACGCUCAUCCGCGAAGAACGAUUCGCAGAAGCACAAGUUAUCGCGCGUCGCGCCCAGGAGUUGGCCCCCGAUGAACCGGUGGUCCAACAACUCAUCGUUACGUCACGAUUGGCUGAUAAUCUCUCGAGUCAAAUCGCCAUCCGAGACGCCAAGGCAAUCGGCUUUACCGAAACGCUGGAAGCCGUGGACGAGGCUUCCAUUCCCUCGGCCGUCGAUUACUCCUUCGGAAAUCCGGAAGAAUGGAUCGAUCUGACGAAUCGUCGUAAGAGCCUGGGUGUCGGAGACGGCAUGCACCGCAGCCCGCGAGAAAUCGAAAUCGAGCAACGGUUGCGCACCCCCGUAUCAUUGAACUUCGCCGAUGCUCCGCUGAGCACGGUGAUCAAGACGCUGGGCCAAAUGGCUGACGUGAACAUCUUCCUCGAUGAGAUCGGUCUGGCCGAUGCCGGUUUGACGACCGACGACCCGGUCACCAUCGACCUGAGCCAAGACGUGCAGCUCAAAAGUGCCCUGAACCUCAUUCUGGCACCCCGCGGACUGUCGUACGUGAUUCGCGACGAAGUAUUGCGAAUCACCAGCGAAGACCUCAGCGACGAGCACGUCUUCGUGGAAACCUACAACGUUGCCGAUUUGGUCAUCCCGAUUCCCAACUUUGUGCCCAAUGGCCAAAUGGGAAUGGGCGGUGCCUUGCGAGACGCCUACGGAAAUGUUGGCUACGGCGUACGACCUGGUUUGGGUUCAACCCAACCGCUGGCCGUGGCGGCAAGCCAAGACGGCGGUACUUCCAACGCCGCCCUCGACCCGAGCCUGAUGGCCCAGUUCUCCGGCGGUGGUGCCGGCGGUGGUGCGACCAUCGGCGACGGGCAAUCGGUCGGCUUCGGCGGCCCCGGCGGUAUGGGCGGUGGUUCGCAGGCCGACUUCGAUGAGUUGAUCGAGCUGAUCGUCUCCACCGUUGCUCCCACCUCGUGGGACGAAGUGGGUGGCCCGGGCUCGAUCCGCGAGUUCCAAACCAACCUCAGCCUGGUCGUUAGCCAGACACAGGAAGUUCACGAGCAAAUCGUGGACUUGCUCGAACAGUUGCGUCGUCUGCAAGACCUGCAGGUGACCAUCGAAGUUCGCUUUAUCACACUCAACGAUAACUUCUUCGAGCGGAUCGGCGUCGACUUCGACUUCGAUCUCGACGACAACAUCGACCGUCCUUACCAGGUGUUCGGUAAGCCGACCGAGGGUCAGAAGGAUGCUUCGGAAGUCGGUGUCGACCGUGACACGCGUGACCGUGACCACGGCCCCAGCAUCACGGUAGGUCAGUCGGCCCCGGGUGUGUUCUCGACCGACUUGGACAUUCCGUUCAGUCAGGACAGCUUCUCGCUGGCCACACCGCAGUUCGGUGGAUUCAACCCCGCCGCGGGUGCCAGCCUGGGCUUUGCCAUCUUGAGCGACCUGGAAGCGUUCUUCUUCAUCAACGCUGCCCAGGGCGAUCAGCGAAGUAACGUGCUGCAAGCCCCCAAGGUCACGUUGUUCAACGGACAACAAGCCUCGGUGGCCGACGUGUCGCAAAGCCCGUUCGUGAUCAGCGUGAUCCCGGUGGUCGGCGACUUUGCCGCCGCUCAACAACCGGUGAUCGUAGUGCUCUCCGAAGGAACGUUCCUCACGGUGCAAGCCGUGGUCUCCAGCGACCGCCGCUUCGUGCGACUGACCGUGGUGCCGUUCUUCAGCGAGAUUCGCGAUGUGGACACCUUCACGUUCACUGGAUCGACCACCACCACCGAAGACAGCAGCUCGGAAGGUCCUGACGACGACACCACCGCCCGGUCGGAAGGUUCGACCACGGUGACCGAAGGUACCACGGUUCAGUUACCGACAUUCGCCUUCGUGUCAGUCACCACAACUGUGAGUGUGCCCGACGGUGGUACGGUGCUAUUGGGUGGUAUCAAACGACUGAGUGAAGGGCGAAACGAGUUCGGUGUGCCGUUCCUCAGCAAGAUUCCAUAUGUGAACCGCUUGUUCAAAAACGUGGGCAUCGGUCGCGAAACCCAAAGCCUGAUGAUGAUGGUCACCCCCCGCAUCAUCAUUCAGGAAGAGGAAGAAGACGCUGCAAUGAACGCAACCACCGAGACCGAUACUCCCAAACCUGGUUUCAAGUACUGGCCGCACGUCGCUGUUUGGGUCGAUCUGGCGAUCGUGUUCGCCGCGGCGGUCAGCUACUUCCUCUACUUCGUUCAAUUCCCCGCACUCCGCGAUUUCCCCUGGGUGAAUCUACCGCUAGUGCUAAUCGGGGCAGGCUUGGCCCUCGUGGCGACCUAUCAAGUUUAUCGCUCCGGCGGUGGGCUGAUCGGAAAAGUGUUCGCCACACUCGGAGGAUUCCUCGCCACCGCGAUCGCCGGCUUGUUCUGCUUCUACAUCUUCUCGUUCUCCUACCAGAUGCCCUCUGCAGCCGCGGCACCCACUCAGGCGGAGUUGGCCCCCGACUUCACGCUGCUCGACACGCAAGGUUUGCAGUCAGGCAUCGACGAGAUUCACACCUCCGGCGGAGAGGUACUCGCCAUCAGCGUCGACACCGUCGAAGAGAACGCAGACUUGGUGAAGCAAAUGGGGCUUGACUUCCCAGUGCUUUCCGAUCCUGAACACAAGGCAAUCGAUGCCUACGACCUGCGGCAUGAGAACGCUGUGGUCCAAGGCAAAGACGUCGCACGGCCCGGCGUCUUCAUCAUCGAUGGCGAGGGGAUCAUCCGCUGGCGCGAUCUAACCGAGAACUACCGAGUUCGGGUGCGCCCUCAACAGGAUUCACCCGUGUACCGCACGCCGCCUCAGUUCAUGUCGCUUUAUUUCAAUUUCGGCGGUUAUAACGAUCCCGCAUUCCCCCAUGGCAAAGAAACCAUCCCGCAGGCGCUCUUUCGCUCGGAGGCCAGAAACGUUGCAGAAAGCUCGCACCUGGGACCGCUGGUGAUCAUUAGUGGCUCCGAGCUGUAUUGCUACGGCAGCGAUCGACGAUUGCUGUACCACAACUCGUUCCGCGCCACGAACGACUCGGGCUUCUUCGAGUUGACGGCCGUUUCACACAUCGGGCCCGCCAUCGCUUACCUGGCGAAGAUCAAAGAGAACGGUGAUCCCUCGUGGGAACCACUCCUGGCAGACCUUCUAGAAGACAUUCGUACCGCUCAGCAGUUGAACGAACAAGACACCGAUCAUUGGCUCGAUCGGGCCAACAUCGCGCCCUGGCGAGCGCACAAGGAUGAAAUCCGCAACAUGGUCAGUUAUGCCCUGGCCAUGUCAGAAGACUUUCUGGUCGAUGUCCAAGCUGGCAAGGAAGCUUUAACGCUUGAAAAUGUGCAGCAACAGUUUCUCGACGGCAAUGAGGCGUAUCCCAUUUCGUUCAAUACCGUGAUGAUCGGCACCUUCAUGCUGACCGCGCUGGAAGAAAUGUCGACCAUCCACGAUCAACUGGCAUCGGUCGGUCUGGAUUGGAAGAACGCGAUGGUCAUCGUCCGAAGUCAGGCGGGCACCAAUGUCACCUCGGGGCUCACCAAACAAACCAACUGGAUGGUGCCUUUCCUGCAGGCUCUCGCUCUAGGUGAAAUUCCCGAGGACCACAUCCUCAUCGCCCCCUAUGCCGAACAUCGAAGCGAACUGGGCGCCGAGGAACUGUCACCAGAAGCGUACAACUAUUACGCGUCUGCAGUGUGGGGAAGUGCCAUCAAUCGCUCCCGCAUCGCGCGGGAUGUGUUCACCGACAUUCCGAAUAUCGAGACGCCAGACUCCAAAGCGAUUCCAGGCGACUAUGGAUUCACGGCCGCCGAUCAAGUCGACCAGUUCAUGGUUCGCUUGAAGCACUCGAUGCAGUCGCCCGCCGAGAUGCUCUCCAACUCGGUUGGCUUCUGGAUGGCAGGCGAACUCGCAGCGAAAAAGUGGGAUCUGAGCAAAGUCGACAUCCCCGGCUUAACCGCAGGUCUUCCCGAUGGCAUUCACGCGUACCCAACAACCACGGAAAGCGGCGCCCAACCGCUCGUUAACCGCGGAGUCACCGACACGAAUUCUCUGCCGGCGAACGACAAGGUUCUGACCCUAACCUGGCAGUUAACAACCUCGGGCGCCCGGGAGAUUACACCGUUCGAACUCGACGGCGAACUGUAUCUGGCCGUCGCUCAACUGGCCGCAGAUGUCCCUAACACCGCACCGAACAUGAACGGCGGCACCUCGGAUGUGGAUGUCUUGAUCUUCAAGCUGGUGAACGAACAGUUCGAAGUCUUUCAACGCAUCCCCAGUCACGGCAACGAAAGCGCCGCGUUCUUUCAAAUCGGCGACGAGUCCUUUCUCGCCGUGGCCAGUAUUCGCUCGGGGCCUGGCCCCAACUACUCGAUGGAGACCUAUUCCAAGCUCUACCGCUGGGAUGGUCGACGCUUCUACCCCAUCCAACAGUUCCUGGGAUUCGCCUCGAAGAAUUGGCACGCCUUCACAAUCGGUCAGCGACACUUCCUCGCUUUGGCCAACGGGGUAACUGCCGAGGAGGCCAACACAUCCGCUAAUCCCAACUCCAUGAUCUACGGAUGGAACGGCGAACGCUUCAACGAGUUCCAACAGAUUCCUUCGCAAUGGUCCUAUGAAUGGGAAUCCUUCGAGAUUGCAGGGACGCCAUAUCUUGCUCUAACCGAUCAUCUGCUCGACUCCAAAAUCUACCGCUGGGAUGGCGAACAGUUUGUUGAGUUUCAAACCUUCGAAGGCCAAGGGGGAAGGGCCUUCGAGUUCUUCGAGAUCGACGGCGAGCCGUUCCUGGCCUGGGCUCGAAUCUCAAAGCCAUCGAUCAUCUACCGCUGGAGCGGCGAGCAAUUCGUCGAGUUCCAGACACUUCCUCCCCUGGGAGGCCGCAACUUCACGUACUUCACAGUCGCCGGUCAGCCGUAUCUGUUCCAAACGCUCUUCAUCACGGGCACUCGCGAAGCCCCGCAAUCCGAACAGCAAUCGCCACUCUAUAUUUGGAACGGCGAGCAGUUCGAAGUCGCUCAGCAUGUGACCACGUAUGGUGGCGUGAGUGCCAAGUGGUUUGAAUUCAGAGGAACGGCGUACUUGGCCGUGGCGAACAGCCUGAGCCCCGACCUGCGGUUCCGCGUGGAUUCCACCAUCUAUCGCAUCAACGCCCCGUCUACCGCUUUGGUGGCGGAGUCCUUCGACCGAGACUGA